AUGUAUCCCCUGCGGGUUUCGAACCCACGCGCCUUGGUUUCCCAAGCCAAGGCGCUACCAGGUGGCCGCAUUAACUAUUCGGCCACUGAGGCUGUUCACUUGCAUGGAUCUCAGCAGCCUAUUAUUGUCAGUAGUAAUGUGAGGUUUCUGAUCACUGGAAAACCGGUUGUUACAUCUGUGAAACUCAUCAAUUAUAUUGUUAAACUGAAGCCUGAUAUUCAUCUGAUUGAUGAUGAAGACAUCUCUGACAUUAAUGAUCUGAAUUCUACAUGGUUGCAGCCCGCGAAAUUACUGACUACUUACACUUUAAGUCUCAUUACAGGCAACCUUCUGAAGUUCUACAAGAAUGCCACAUCUCAGUCAGAGAGAGUAGAAGAUUAUUGA